CAAGAAAAAAAUGUUGCCAUGGCAACGCUGUGUAUGAAUGCAGUGCAUGUCAAGUGCCAAAGUAAUCCAGAGUAGGCCUAUUUGAACUGGUUACAAGUAAUAUUGUUAUCGAGUUAACUACUUGCUUGUUUCAUGACAACAAUCUGCUAACGCUAAAAUGUAAUGGGACGAGAAAACGGCUCGCUUUUUAGUUAAUCUAGUUAGUGCAGAAAGCAGUCGUCGCCCUCCGGCUGAGGGCUUCACGGGGGCUCGUUAGAAGAAAUAACCAAAAAGAUGUCAAGUAAAAACCUCCCACCUCUCCAGCAUUUGCCACACUGGACCAGGGUCGGACGUCUCGGCAAAUCGUGCUUUUCACGACGUUUACCUGUGAGCCAACAACUGCAGUCGCCGCAUGUUGCGCCGCUAACAGACAGAGGAGUGCAGGAGGCAGCAGCAACAGAAGAGACGUCCCGUGAAGGCCGCAUGGACCCCCGCAUCGUGUCAUUGCAGAGGAAUAUCCUGUUCCUGCAGCAGCAACACAAGGAAACUCUAGAGAAACUCCAUGCAGAGAUAGAGUAUCUCAGGAGGGAGAAUAAAGAGUUGCAGUAUAAGCUGAUCAUGGAGCCUCCCAAGUCAAGUAGAAAAGGACUGGCACACAGCCAACGAGCCAUCAGACCUCCCACUCAGGGCAGUGAAGCCCACGCUUCUCUCUACCUGGAGGAGCAAAUCCAAGACACACGACCCUUACAGGACCAGGUUCUUCGAAAAAGCUUUGUUGAAGCCAGCGAAGUACUGGGAUCAGCCAGGCAGGACCCUGGCUCAGACAUGAAGGGUCGCCUCAUCACUUCCUUACAGCCUCUACGGAUCCACAGCAGUCCCUCCCAUCCACCGCGCCCUCCCACACUGCGGGAGUGUGAGGUCAUCAUCCGGCAGCUUUACAAUGCAAACAGUUUACAGUCUCAGGAAAUUACACGUGUGAAGGCCCUGCUGAGAGAUAUUGUCCUGAGCAAGAAAAUCACCCCUGAAAACUACAUUCUGACUAAGGCCUACCUCAUCGAUGGAACUUGCAAAUCUGUAGAAGAAAAGAAAUUUCCUAAACUCAGCCUUCAGUCAUUUCCAGAAAAAACGUCUGGACUGUCUCAGUCUGGGGUCGUUCUUCCAGCCCUCAAACAGAGCUUCACCUCCAACAUUGCAGACAGACAGAGGAAGACCCGUGCUUUGCAAAGAGAACGCUUGAAAAGGAUCUCUCUGACUGGGACAAAACUACCACAGCGUGGAGGUUUUAAUGAUCUAAAAAACUUUAGUCAUAAAUAAAUCAUCUUUAAAGGCUUUUCAUUCAAAGUAUUCAUCAAAAUGAAUUAGAAUGGCUCUUUUUAAGCAGACAUUUUUGAGCUGUCACAGCAAGUAAAAUUCCUGAAUAAACUUGCAUGUCUGUAGCUGGACCUACCCUUAGUGGAAUGUAGCCACCGUGAUUACACAUGUGCUUUUCCAGCUAUAACAUGUCAACAUAUAGGCUGUUAAGUCAAGUCUGUGACCCAAUCCUAUUCUCUACCCAGAGGCCUACUCACUAAACCCUCACAGACAUUAUUGACGUCACAACUGCAGUGACUAAUCUUGAGUUCGUGAGGGCUUGAACUGGAAUAAACAGGAGCAGAGCAUCCUAUUGUGACGAAAACACGGUGCUUAGAAACUAUGAGCCAUUAAAAGAAGGAAUACAAAUAGCCAAACUCCCUGUAUGGACUUGCCAGUUGUGCUAAAGGAUUUUAUUUCGUUGCAGUCAUUGUUUGUGGCAUUUAAACAUUAGCAAACACUGAUAUUAGCCACAAAGCCACAACCAUCAUAAAAAAAUGAUUAAAAAUACAAUAAACAAUACAAAUACAGUAAAUAACCACAACAGCUACAAUUUGAUAUCUGUUACCUAAACGUUCACUUCCUAAUAGAUUUCUUAUCCACAUUAUCCAUAUUUGGUGUGUGUAUAUGUCAUUGGGUCAAGGCAGUAGUGUACAUGUCCUUGCAUUGUACCAUGAACUAUUUGCAAAACAUAGACUGGAAGAAACUGUGCUAGCACAAAUGAAGAGUGCAAACAGCACUGAAAAGUUUGCAUGAGAGCACUUGAAGGAAAUUUAAUGAUGUAACAGUGGGACAGCUCUGAGUCCUCACACACCGAGUGGGAAGAGCGUGAGUAUGGUGUCUAGUUUCAAUAUGUGUUAGCCAGUAAAGGUUGCAAUUUGAAUCAAGCCUUUAAGGACAGUAAUUACCUCAUAAAGCACAAGUAAUAUGCAAUGAGAAAAUUAAAAAAAGGCGUGGUGACCUGAAAUCUUUUUAUUUUUAAGAGAAAAGAUAAUUUCUGCUGUUAAAUGGCAUUUUUGGACAUUUAGAUCAUUUAAGUGUCCAUAUCUAUGUGGAAAGUCAAACAAGAUAAAUUAUUAUUAAUAUUAUAAACCAAUAGAUUUACAUACUGAAUCUGGUCAUGUUUCACUGCUACAUUUUUACAGUUUGCAAUCAAAGAGUGUUUUUAUGUUGUAGCAGUCACUGUUGGUCACAUUUGGAAGCGGGGAGAAGGAAUUCAGAUUGUUUUAAUCUGCUACUUUUGCUGCUCUAUUACACUAUAGUACCAAAUAAUAAUACUGUACACUUCUUUUCAGGAUCUUUUUAUAUGAAUCAACACUGUACCGAGACAUGUCAAGCUUUACCUGAACAGGGGAUUUCUAGUCAUUCACCUCUAAAAUAAGAUGAGCACAAUACAAACUGAUUGUUUUAACAAGAAACAGCUCUGUUAUGUUUAGGCCUAAUUUAUGCCUCUUCAUAUGUAUAAUUUCAUUAUAUAAUAUUUUUCCUCAUGGUCAAGAUUGUAUUAUAUG